ACAAAAUCUUGUUACAUUGCAAGAAAACAUGGCUAAGACCUUGUCCAUGUCCCUUCUCUCACUUUGCUUACUUCUCCAUAUCUUCCAGGCAAAGUGCUCAAAUCCCCUUGCCCCUGCUUUAUACAUAUUUGGAGAUUCACUUGUAGAUAGUGGCAACAAUAAUCUUCUUCCCACAAGUGCAAAAGUGAACUUUAAACCAUAUGGCAUAGACUUCCCUGAAGGUCCAACAGGAAGAUUCACCAAUGGCAAGACUUCGGUAGAUUUUCUAGCUCAAUUUCUUGGUUUACCUUUGGUUCCUCCAUACAAUGGUCUUUCAGUGGCUCAAAAGAGCAAAACAAUAACUGGAAUGAAUUAUGCAUCCGGAUCCGCCGGCAUCCUUCGAGAAUCAGGAUCUGCAUUGGGGAAGAAUUUAGCCCUAGAGGUACAAAUUGAAUUGUUCAAAGAAACAGUAAACAAUUACUUGCCAAAGAACUUCAAAACCAAAGAUGAGCUCUUGCAGUACUUAUCCAAAUCCAUUUUUGUGGUAGUCAUAGGAGGUAAUGACUAUAUCAACAACUAUCUCCUACCAGCACAAUACAACAGUAGUAGUCUCUACAACGCGGAACAAUUCGCCGGAAUUCUCUUAAAAGAAUUCAAACAACAUUUACAGGAACUUUAUAAUAUGGGAGCAAAGAAAUUUUUGGUAUUCAACAUUAGCCCAAUUGGGUGUAUACCAGCCAUGGUAAAAUUAAGAGAUGUUACAAUUGGAUGUGCUAAUGAUAUAAACCAAUUGGUAACCCCUUACAAUAAGGGCUUUCCCAGUAUGUUACAAGAGCUGAGUACUACACUUCAGGGCUCAACCUUUGUCCAGGGAAACAUUAAUUUUCUGUCAAACAAUUUCUUGAGCCAAAUUCCUUCUGAAAAUGGGUUUAUUACUGGAAACCCAUGUUGUGCCACAAACGAUGAAACUCACCAAUGCCUUGAAGAUGCAGAACCUUGCAAGGAUAGGAUUACACAUAUAUUCUGGGAUGCAAUUCAUCCAACACAACUGGUGAACCAGUUGCUUGCAUUUGGUUGCUUCUAUGGUCCAUUGCCAUGUACUCCAAUGAAUGUGAUGCAGCUUGCACAGAAACAAGUAGAUACAGUUUCUCAGCAGAGUCAUUUUUCAUCUUAAAGUAUCUAAUAUAUUUUUUGGAACAUAUGAAAGAAACUAACUUUGUAUUUUUCCUUUUGGA